UUCAAGCUAAUCGUUUCAACUUAUGGUAAGAUUAAAGAAAUAAACUUGCAGACUAGGGCCGUGACACAUCUUUUGACCGAUCUGGGAAGUGAAAUUAAUUCUAUGGAUUAUGAUUAUGAAAAUAAAUACAUUUAUUUUCCAAGAUACAGUAAAAACGACAUUUUAAGAUUUCGCUAUCCAUCAAACUAUACGUACCAGACAGAAAAUGUCACAAUGGCAAAUAACCCAAUAGGUAUAGCAAUUGACCAGUUAUACAAUCAUGUGUAUUGGAUAGAACGAUAUACGGGAAAGCUUUAUCAGAGUAAUAUGGAUGGGUCAAAUAAAUUGUUAAUAUUACAGGAUGAUCCAAUGUUUGCUUUAACAUUAGAUGUUACUAACAGAUGGGUGUAUUACAGUAUAAUUGACACCGCAAACAACGUAAUAAGGCAAGCUAGAUUGAAUGGGACUGAAAUACAGACUUUUACAGAUGUUCAUACACAAACAGUAUCUGGUUUGAGCAUAGAUUCCAACGAAGAACACAUUUAUUGGAUGGAGUAUAUAACUGGGAAUUUGAUGUCUUCUAAUAUUAAAGGAACUGCCGUAUCACAAGUUUUCAUGACGAGUACUACCAACACAAACAGAGGUAUCCAUGCAUAUAAUAGAAUAAUAUACUGUUCAAAUGGCAAUCAAGUACAAAAGGUCACAGUUUCAUCAGUAGUUACAGCGAAUGUCAUAUACACAGACAAAGAACAAAUUUAUGGUGUAUUUAUUUACAAUGAAAAUACUUUCAAUGAACAGAAAAUGCAGAGGAGUCCAGUACGCAUGGAUGCAACCGAUAAAAGAGAAUUACAAUAAUCAUAACUGUCUUUCUUAUCGAACACUAUUAUGAUUAUGGUCUUGCUAAAAGAAGGUAUGAAACACCUUAGAACUAGCUGUUUUUUAGCCACCAAUUACUAGAAAUUCAUGACAUACCAUCGUUGAAGUAGGAGACUUUAUCAGAUUCAAAGUACCACGGUUGAUUCUCAAACAAACGUGUUGUGCAUUCUUGAAUGUAAUGUGAUAUCAAAUAGGGAAUACCCUGCUUGAUUCUUACACAAACGUGGUGUGCUAUCUUGAAUGUAUUGUGAUAGCAUAUUAAUACAUUUGUAUUGAUAUAUAUAUAUCAGUUGUAUCUGUAUAUGACUUAGUUCAUAAUAAAAAAGAAACUUAACAACAAACACACCAAAUUUCAUGGAAAUUCGAAUAUGGAGAUUUCAUCAAAACCGACAAAACCAAACACUCGACCAUAUCAACCAACGGUGCCACUGGAAACUAAUUAACAUGUGUUUUAAGGUAACAUGAUCUCUGAUCACAUUAUCGUGUAUAACAGUGUUUGUUAAUGUUGUGUUGAGGUCGUUAUUCAUGUAAAUAAAAAGUCAAGCUUCA